AGUGAUCCCUCCUGUCCGCUCCUCUCCUGUCAGCUGCUCUCUACCGGAGACAUUUUGAGGUUCUUUGGUUCUUUGGUUCUUUGGUUCUUCUUGUCUCAGCCUGAAUCCUGAAUCCUGGAUCCGGCUGCUGAGAGCUGCUGGACUCAGUCAGUCUGUCUUCAGUCCCUGAAACAAAACAACAACAACAAAAACAACAACAAACAACAACAACAAACAACAGCGACAUUUAAACAGUCAAACAGUUUAACCGGCGUAUGUGUAGCACAGCUAGCAUAGCUUAGCCUAGCUUAGCUUAGCUCCGAGCUAGCGGCACCUCCUCCACCUCCUCCUCCUCCUCCUCCUCCUCCUCCUCCUCCUCGACAGCAGACACCAUGGCUUUAAAACGGAUCACCAAGGAGCUGACCGAUCUGUCCAGAGAUCCUCCGGCUCAGUGCUCUGCUGGACCCGUCGGAGAAGACAUGUUUCAUUGGCAGGCUACUAUUAUGGGACCUCCUGACAGUCCCUAUCAGGGCGGAGUAUUUUUCCUGACUAUUCAUUUCCCCACAGAUUAUCCCUUCAAACCACCCAAGGUCGCCUUCACAACAAGAAUUUAUCACCCAAAUAUUAACAGUAACGGCAGCAUCUGCCUGGAUAUAUUGAGAUCACAGUGGUCUCCUGCAUUAACUAUCUCUAAAGUCCUUUUGUCCAUUUGUUCUCUGUUAUGUGACCCGAACCCCGACGACCCGCUAGUGCCAGAGAUCGCCCGCAUCUACAAAACAGACCCUGUUAAGUACAACAAGACGGCUCAGGACUGGACUCAGAAAUACGCCAUGUGACCCCCUUCUUCUUCUUCUCUUCUUCUUCUUCUCUUCUUCUUCUUCUUCUCUUCUCACUGCUGGAAAAAACUGUUUGAUUUUCUCAUGUGGCCACGCCCCCUCCCUCUCAUCAGCCAAUAACAGCAAUUUGUUCAUUAUUUCUUUUCUUUUUUUUUUGUCCUAAAAUGCUUUUAAAUUCUUGAUUUAUUCUUUUUUUCGUUUGUUUUUUCCUCAUGCUUUUCAAAAUAAGAGUUGAGCUGGGAGCAGGUUGGAGGACUCUGAGCUGUGAAUGUGCCAAGAGACAAACAACAGAAGAGAGAAACUGUUACAGUAAAUAAUAAUAAUUUAAUGCAUGUCAGUGAUUGGUUCAUGUGCUGCUGAGAUUUAAAGAUAAAAUAAACAGCUGUUUUGGUUU